AUUGCAGAUUGCAGAUUGCAGAUUGCAGUUAAGCGAAGCCUCGUUAGAGAUGCAGAAGAAAAUCGCGCUUUCCUGGCUACUGUUGGCCACUCUCGCUGCUUUAACUAUUCCCAAUCGUGUCGAGGCUUUACCUUACACUAGAUCGCGUACUCUUUGGAAUCAAUUUCAAGAAGAUUAUCCGGAAGCCGCGCAGGAACUACUGGAUAGAAUUGAAAAUUUGGCCAUCUUUGUCCAGCCAGACAAUGCAAAGCGCGGCCUUGACCUUGGGCUGAGCCGCGGCUUCAGCGGGAGCCAGGCGGCAAAGCACCUGAUGGGCCUUGCGGCCGCCAAUUACGCCGGCGGGCCAGGACGGAGGCGUCGCUCCGAGCAGGCGUAGAUCACCAUCGAGAGUGCCACCG